UCCAAGCGUUCCUUCUGCUUUCCUUAAUCUAAAUAGAGUCUUUGUAAAAUACGUGAAAGUACGCUCUGGAAACACUUCAUCAGCUACGAAGUGCUCUGGGAGAUCCUGACAAGUUACCUGCCCUUCCACAUUCAUUCUAAGUUAAAAUGAUGGCUUGAGUAGACCUCUUGAGUUUCACUUUGGCCUUUGAUGCCGAUGACACUGGGCGCGAAACAAGCGGGAACUGCCGACACUCCGUCUGCGCCGUCCACUUGCGUGGUCUGGUGCCACGUGACUGCCAGCGUGUGAGGAGUGUGUCGCCAUUUGCUUCGCGCCUUCCCGGAGUCGGGUAGACCAUGUAGGAAUUUUGCCAGUUUGAAUUUUUCUCACACCUCUCGGUUGAUCAAGAACGUUAGGCGCGUGUGUUGACGCGAGCAGACCACACACGGUUUUGGGCCUCGGUUCGGAGUUGAAGGAAGAUGAAGAAGGCGGUGGUCGUGAAGGCGGGCCAGAGUCAGGGCUGUUCCCAACCGCCCCCUGCACUGGCGUUCAUCGCAAGAGAUAUGCUGGAGGAGUUUCUGGUGGAUGUGACAAAAAAGAAUGAAAAUAACCUGUUGAAACCGUCCCAGCACGCGGGAUCUUUCAAAAAGUUACGAUUAAUAGAAUUUAUUUUCCUUCUCUGUGAUCGAUUGGGGCUUCAUCAGCUAAUCAGAUACCAAGCAGUGGAACUACUAGAUAGGUUUAUGAUUCAAUACAUUGAUAAACUGUAUUCAUCUACGUGCUCAGAUUCAAACAAUGAUACAGAAAACUCUGACUGGAUACUGGCGCAGACUACAAUCCAAGAACAUUUUGUGCUACGAAUCAUGUCUUGUGUUCAAAUAGCAAGCAAGAUUUCAUUCUAUUACCAAAGUGUUAAUAAUACCAUGGCCCUUAAAUUCCUUCGUUCUCAUGGCUACUUAUACAAAAGUGAAGAUCUCCUGGAUUCAGAGCUCCUUGUUCUCAAAACUCUGAAUUUUCAAGUCAAUGUUCCUUCCCCUUUCACACACACUGAACUACUAAUAGUAAUCAUGGGGUAUAAUAAUCCAUCUGUUCCAGUUAAACGUCUGCACAGUAUCUCUCUGAAGGUGCUGACAUAUGUUUAUCUAAGGAGAAACACUAUCUAUGAAAGUUUAUUAAAAAAUAUUAUUCAAAAUUCCAUGCCCACUGAACUCCAGAGAGCAAAAUUUUUAUCGGUAAAGGAAGAUUGCAUGCUUUUAGCCGUUGGGGUUAUUGGAACAAGUGCAUUUAUGCUGAACUAUUCACCGUGGUGCAAGGUUGUACAGCAACUUGCCUCAAUUAGCGGUGUAUCAGAAGAGAGUAUCUUGGAGUUUUCUCAAAUAAUAUUACAACAUAUUUUUACAAACCAUUCGGAAUAUGUACGUUCAUAGCUUAUAUUGCAUUUUGCUAGUAUAGUGAUGAUAUGAACUCACCAUUGCACAUUUGAGA